UAAAUCCUUAGGUUUUUACCUUGAAGACAGUUUCUCUGAGUCAUUUAUAUCUGAAGAUAGGAAGAGAGCAGGGAACAAUCGGGGAUAAAAUCCUGAUGAAAAUCAUUUUUUUACAGGGUGGGUGGCUAGGACGAUUAUGAUUAGGACUUUUAUUUUUUUUCUAAAAGAGUAUUCUGUUGACGGUAUGUAAAUUCUGAAUAACAGUGAGAGAAGUAUCUGCUGCAUCAGGAGAGAAGUCACUUAAAAGAAAAGGAAGCUCUUAUUUUUCUGAGCUUUUCUGGCAUACUCUGAAGGAGGUAGUGUCUUAAUUUUUCUAUAUUUAUACAAGAAGAGUAUUUAUUUUCAUAAAGAUACAAAAUGUCAUCAUUUGCAAAAGAUUUUAGCAAAGCGAUGUCUCAGGCUGGUACCUCCCCAUUCCAGGAAGCUAUUAGGCAAGAACUGGAAUAUUCUAUGAAAAUGGAACUGGAUAAAAUACUUGGAACUGCACCACAGAAUGAACUACAGCACACUAAAAAGGACCUGGAAGGAUUUCAAAAGCUCUUUCACAGAUUCUUGCAAGAAAAAGGACCAUCAGUAGACUGGGGAAAGAUUCAAAGACCUCCAGAAGAUUCUAUUCAGCCGUAUGAGAAGAUAAAAGCAAGAGGAAUACCUGAUAGCAUUGCUUCAGUUUUGAACAAGUUAGUUGUGGUGAAACUUAACGGUGGCUUGGGCACCAGUAUGGGAUGUAAAGGCCCCAAAAGUCUCAUUGGUGUACGGAAUGAGAAUACAUUCCUGGAUUUAACAGUUCAACAGAUUGAGCUAUAAGAACAUAAGCAGUGUUCUGCUGAAUUGGACCCCUGGCUCAUCUGAUGCAGCAGUCUGUUCUCACAAUGGCCAACCAACUGCACAAGGAAGCCUACUAAUCUCCCAGCAGUUGGCUUU